AUGCCAGUAAAAACAAAACAAAUAAAAGGAAUAUUGACACCAAUAGAAGUACAAGUAAAUAAAUUGAAGGAACUAAUAAAUAGUAACCCUGUCCCUGCUAAUGGCUCCUCGUCGAGAAAGUCUGCUCUCUUCGAGCAAUUGGAAUCUGUGGGAGAACAAUUUGAAACUCUGUCAAAGGAAGACGUUAACGAUUAUGAGGAGAUGGAAUCAAGGAUUACCAGUAUCGUGGAAGAAUUGUGUUCACUCGAUUACGUGAACCAGUCUACCGAAAGCACAGAUAAACAGGUGGCAAAUGAUAUUUUGUCCACCGUCUUAGAUAAAUUUAAAUUAGCUCUGGAAGCUUUAGAAAGAUUACAAUGUUUGCCAUUGAAACAGAGAUUAACAGACUGCCUGGACUACAUCAAAGAAAUGGGUCAGGCCAAUGAAAUUGAACAUUUUCAGAAUAUUAAGGAAUUGGGCACUUCCAUUUUAGAAUUGCUAGGACCUUUACAAAUAUAUGGGAAGAGCUUGGUGAGCGAAACUCUGUCUGAGAAAGUGAUAUUGUACUUGUGCCAACUGUGUGUCGCAUUUAAAUUGCUGGUACAGCUGGUCCAAGAACAGCACAGAUUGAAUGCACCGAUCUAUAACCGAAAGAAAUACGUUUGCGAGAGGCUUUGCUUAUGCUUAAGAAUGAUAAUAGAGAUAAUGGACGCAUCAGCUCCGUUACCAGAGGACGAAACUUCUGAACGAGAGAAUCAUUUUGUUUACAGGAUGGACUUGGUUUUAGAUCUCUUAACGGAGAUGCCGAACAAAUCGCAGCAAGAUCAAGUACAGGAUUGUAAAGAAUUAUGGUAUCGAAUAGAGGACGUGUUCUCCUGCGCAAUGGCUAUCGCACAAGUCUGCAAGCCAUGUAACUUCAAAGCCAUAACUGGAACUUGCCAAUCUAUCAUAUCGGAAUACGAGAAUUUGAAAUACCAACUGACUUCCGAAUCGACGGAUACGGCAUUGAACAAUUUAUUCAUGAACAGUUUGAGCGACGCGCUGUACCGGCUGGAACGUAAAAUUAAUGUAUCCGUAUUGAAUCUCGUGAUGGACGUUUUCAGCGAUCCCUUUCAUGCAUUAAAAAAACUUGUCACGAUUUGCGGCAACUCGUUGACCGCCGAUAAACGAUCGAAGAGCGAUUUAUCAAGCGCGAUAGAAGAUUUCGAUCAAGUUAUAGACAAGUCUAUGCAAAUCGGCUUGUUCGCGAUUGCUUCUUGUAAAGAUAAAAAUCGAAUCAACCAAAUACGAAAUUGUUUAGCGAGCCUCGAAUCGUUAGAGACCGAACUGAUUUCCGGUAUCACUACGUUUUACUUGCAUCCGGAUAGUAAGGAAAUGCGGGCGAACGUGAAGCUAUUGACCGCCCAGUGGCAAGUGGAGAUCAACAGACUACAGGAUGCGAUCAAUUUAGUUAUGGAUUCGGCGGCUUACUGCGAGGUGGUUCUAGACGAUCUCCAGGAGCGAAUUUUAGUGAUGUUCGACUGUUUGGAUAAUCGAAAACCUGUCACUCAAACGCAAGUACAGAGCGUAGUUCUCAGAUCUCUGUCCCUCUCUCGUCAAAUCAGCAUCACCAUCGACGAUAUCGGUAGCGAUAUCGUCGAGAGACAAACGUUAAUGAUGCUCAGAGAACUGAAAGCUGCCAUAUUCGAAGCUGACGCUGCUUCGAAGAGUCUCUUAACGGAGAACGCUACGGAACCGCAGCAGUUGCGAGUGAUUAAACGGUGCGAACUUAUAUUGAAUGUAGUGCAACGGCUACAUCCUGCUUUGGUUGCUAUCAUGAAUAAUACGACUUUAAUGAGUACGAGUUAUGGGAAGAACAGCAAGGGACAGGGCGAUGCUAUUCACGACGUGACCAAUAGAUUGGCAUCGACAAUUUACAAACCGCUGAACGAUCAUCAGAAGCCUUUAACAUACAUAAGAACUCCUUACACAGUGAGCAUUUGUAAAUCACCCUUAUCUAUACAAACUGCGAACAGCGCAUCUAGGACGGAACCGAAUUUGUCCUGUCUGAUUCCUUACAUUAAAAAGGGACGCGAAAUGCGCACGGAACGAUCUAUUAUGUAUAAAACGCCACAUAAGGGCGAUUGCCCAGAUCAGUCGGAGAUCGAUCGACCGACUAGAUUGAAAAACCGAAAUUUAACUACCAUCAGGCAACAUCUCUUUAGUAGAGACAGUAUCAAUUCGCAGAAUGAUAUCUGCCUCUCAGAAGAAACUAUAAACUUAACAAGCAUCCUAGAAAGGUUCGUCACCUCCUGUUCGACGUCGUCCACGACUUUCUCGAAAUCUCAUCACGUGGAGAAGCCGCAGUCCGACGCGAUGGUUGACGGAUCGGAUAAGAAGUCUGUUAAACGUUUAACGGACUCAUUGGUGGAAUGCAUCGAAAUGCAGCCCGAGGUGGCAACCGGUAAAAUGGAUCAAUGUUCGACGAUCGGCGGCGGAGACGGGCCUUCGGUCGUCGACGUGUCGAAAGUUUACGACGAUGCUCAACGAUUGAACAACAGCACCGAAUUGACGCAAGAGCGAUUGUUCAGAGAUUAAGCACAGUAUCUACGAAUUCUGUGGGUCCUUGUUGUAAUACAUGUUUUCAUGCAGCGAUCAGGAAACGCGGAUGUUCGAUCGUUGCAGCAACAAGUAGUACAUUACGAUGGUUUUUUUUUUUUUUUAAAGAAGAAUAUUAUGUUUACGAACCGUUUUUACGCGUACGUACCCUGAGCGUGCGUCUGCGUGAAGAUUUACACUAUAUAUCCAUGUUCUAUUUCACUUUUGUUACACGCUUUAACAUUUGUAGAAUCUUCUUAAAUAAACCGAUGUUUCUAAGUCGA